AUGCUGCGAGUUUGGAAAAUCUCUGGUGAUGAAGUGGCAACGCUGUCGGCCCAGGACGCAUUGAGCUUGACAUCAUGUUCAUCAAAACCCCAGAAGACUCGCAAGUCUACGGUCUUUGAUUGCAAUGUUUCGAUUGUGAAGCGGUAUCUUGCAAGGGCGCACGGGCUGCCAGGAUUUUGUCAGAGGCUCCUGCAGAAUGGACGGCAGUUGCAUGAUCACGAGGUGGUCAAAGGUCCCAGUGAGUUGCAGCUGGUCAUGGUGCCUUAUGGUGUGGUCUCUGCAGAAGAAGAAGUGCAGAUGGCUAGUUCCUUGCGCUCGCGGAAUUUGCAGCAAGCUGAGGCUAUUCUCGGAAAGCCAUACGAUCUUCAAAGUUCUCGUUUGAAGAACAAACUUCUGUGCGAUGCAGCCGAGUCCGGCUGUGCAGACUCUGUCGAUCUGCUCUUGUUUGCUGCUCCUCGUCAAUGUCUUGACACACCUUUACACAGCGCAGCGGGCCGAGGCCACGUCGAUAUUGUGCGCCUGCUGUUGCAGGCUCGGGCGGACAAAGACACUGUAAUGUCUGGAAAAACUCCGCUUUCAAGGUCAAUUCAAGGAUGGCGCAUGGAAGUGGUUAGCUUGUUACUAGAGGCAGGUGCCAACUUGGAGUACGGCUCCCCGCUUCCUCUGGGUUUGGCUUGUACCAUGGGACAGACAAGGACUGUCCGAAUGUUGCUCAGAGCAGGUGCUGACAGAGACAACAAAGCUGGAGAGCGGCCGUUUGUAUGCACAGCUGCCGCUGCCGGUCAAUUCCACAUUGAAAUUUUGAAAUUGCUUCUGAAGGCAAGGUGCAAUGCAAACGCCACUGCAGGAGACGACACGCCGCUUUACCUGGCUUCGUUUCGAGGUCAUUCAGUCGCGGUAAGACUUUUGUUGGAUGCCAGGGCGAUUGUUGAUACGCCCGUGCAUGGGAAGACGCCCCUGGCGGUCGCAUCCGGCAAAGGCCACAGCAAGAUUGUGAACUUGCUCCUCAGUGCGAAAGCAGACAAGGACAGGAGCUCACCACUGCGCGCGGCUAUUCGCAGCGAACGGAAAGAGAUCGCACAGUUGUUGCUGAGAGCGCGCGCCAACAAGGAUGAUGCGGCCACCGGUGAGACGCCUCUGGGCCUGGCGGCUGGAGAAGGGAUGACGGCAAUGGUGCGGAUGCUGUUGCAGGCAAGGGUCGACACCAACAGUUGUGUAGAAGGGGCUGACCCGCCUCUUUGCCAAGCUGUUGCUGCCGGCCAUUUAGACAUCGUUCGCUUGUUGUUGGAAGCGCGGGCUGACAGCAAUAAGGGUUCGCCCCUUUGUACAGCAUGUGAUGAUAGGCAGACGGAGAUGACACAGUUGUUGCUGACAGCCGGCGCCAACGCGGAUGAAGUGGUCACCGGUGCGAUACCUCUGGGAAUGGCGGCUGCAGAAGGGUUGGCAGGAAGGGUGUGGAUGCUGUUGCAGACAAGGGUCGACGCAAACAGAUGUUUAGAAGGGGCUGAGCCGCCCCUUUGCCAAGCUGUUGCUGGUGGCCAUUUAGACAUCGUGCGCUUGUUGUUGGAGGCGAAGGCUGACAGCAACAAGGGGUCGCCCCUUUGUGCAGCUUGUGAUGAUGGACAUACGGAGAUCGCGCAGCUGUUGCUGACGGCCGGUGCUGACGUGGAUGCUAGCAACACCGAUGGCAGAACGCCACUCUGGCUGGCGAGUAGGUUUGACUGUGAGAACGUUGUGCGCUUGCUGCUGUCGGCCGGCGCAAAUCCCAACUGUGUGGUACUUUCGAGUUCGUAUAGCCGUCAUGUAGCCCUGGGUGGUGUAGAUUACAGCAGUCCAACUUGGCAGCUUCUAGUAGAGGCCUGGAUGCAGGCUCAGAGCCCAGCCGACUGA